UGCAGCCCCUGAAGCAGCAGCUCCUCUGGUCGUGACUCGUUAGCUUGUCAGUCUUGUUGUUAGGCAGGUUGUCAGGGGCAGCGCGUCAGUUAGCUAACACUGGAUUAAGGGCCUUCUGUUAAUGAUGACACACUUAUUUAUCAAUUUAAACGACAGUUGGCAUAUCUGCUUUCUCGCUCCAAACUACCCUGUUUCUUUGGGUAAAAACAGCGGACGCGACGCCGUCGAAAUUUAUCGAAACAGCCAGAGGUUUGCUCGGUAGCUAGCUAGCUAGUUAUAUUUGCUAACGGCAAGCAGCCAACUAACAUUAUCAAGCAGACUUUAUCUCUUCGACUCGUGUAGUAACGUCGCCGAAAUACAUAUAUAAUACGUCCAGCUUUCUGUUGCGGUUUGGUUUGCUCUAGUUAAAAAUGGAAGACAUUCUGGAGGAUUUGACAGAGCAGGAGGAAGCCGUUAGUGACGAAGCAUCAUCGCCCCCCUACAAUUCUCCUUUUCGGUCCACUCGACUGCACAUCCAGAGAAGUAAUGUCUGCUCUCGGGCUUACUUCGUUGUGGUCAUGGUCUUCUUUCAUGUGUACAUCCUGAAUGUUAUCGCCCUGCUACUCUACGUCCACUACAACAACGGCCCCGGGGAUCUGGUCAGUGGAGACGGGGGCUCCUCAGCACCAGUCAGCGACACCAUAAACCGUUUACCUUCUCCUGCCCCGUCCUCAGGAAAGCUCCAUGUGGAGGACUACAGUCAGAGUUUCAGUCUGCCUCGCAUUGAGGGGAUACGGGUUGGACAUGUUCAGCAGGUGUCAAUUGUGCCUGACAAGACACAUGAGAUGAGGACACUCAGCCUAAAGCCUCUGCUAUUUGAGAUCCCUGGCUUCCUGUCAGAGGAGGAGUGCCGUGUGGUGGUACAGCUGGCUCAGCUCAAGGGUCUGAUGGACAGCCAAGUGACAGCACCCAGCCAGGGACAAGAAGAAUCAAACCAGCCACUUCUUUCUCUCAGCACAGAUGAGGUCUUCAGUCUGUUGGACUUGAACCAAGAUGGACUCCUUCAGAAGCAAGAGAUUGUGAGUCAUUCACGCUCUCGAGAUGGAACGUGGUUGAGCCCAGACAAUUUACGGCAGAUACUGACUGGUCUGGAAGCCUGCCCAACAGGGAUGCUGACCUUGGGAGACUUUAGGCGUGUUUAUGAUGUGUCCCAACGUUCAGGACAAGCACAAAGUGGGAGGCUUCUUAGUCAGUUCAACCAGAGAAGCAAGCAUACAUGGCUCCACCAAGGCCCAGGAUCUCACCAUGUGCUGCACACACUCAGGAACAGAGUAAUCAGUCUCACACGUUUGCCCUCGGCAUUGGUUGAACUGAGUGAACCGCUACAGGUGAUCCGCUAUGAGAAUGGAGACUUCAGUAAUGCCCACCAUGAUAGCAGCCCUUCCCACUCAGAGACGACCUGUGCACACACACGACUGGCAGGAAACGCAUCUGCUCUCACAGAGGUGUCUUGCAGGUAUCUUACGGUGUUAUUCUACCUCAGCUCUGUAGAGGAAGGCGGUGAAUCCACCUUUCCUGUGGCAGACAAUCGAACCUACGAAGAGCAGGCACUGGUCCAGGAUGGAGUUGAUUUGACAGACACCCAGGAGACAUGUGGCAGAGGGAAUCUGAGAAUGAAACCUACUUCUGGUACAGCUCUGCUCUGGUACAACCAUCUCUCUGAUGGCAGAGGUUGGAUGGGUGAGUUAGAUGAGUAUUCAUUGCACGGCGACUGCCCAGUCAGACGUGGGGUGAAGUGGGUGGCCAACAGCUGGGUAAAUGUGGACCCAGAUCACCAACAGCAGACCCGGUACCAGAGACUAGUGGCUCAAAGGUAUCAAGCUAAAUCUGGCAGGGAGGACCAUUACCAAUCUCUUUCACACAGUGACCUCCACCAGGAUCUAUAGUUAAACCUUUGCAGUGAAGCCAGAGAGAUCUGGCAGACCUUUCCACAGUCAGAUGUUUUGUCAGAAUGAAAACUGCGCAAAAUGGCAGCACAUAACUUUUUUUCAGUAAAUCUGUUUUGCAGGUUUGGUGAAUUUUACUAUAGAUUUGUCCACAGACUUGUGGGGGCAGAAGAACUGAAUUCCUGACAAAUCAUUUAUGAAACAUGAUAACAAAUACACACUAAUUUGACAGGUGAAUGGUGUUCCCUAUGAAAUUGCACUUUAAAAGAUUUAUCUGUAACAAAUAUGUAUGGACGCCAUAAUAUGAGUUGGAAAAAAUGUCAUGUCUAAGAAAUAGGCCUGCUUGACUGCUUCUACACUGCUGGGCCAAAAAAAAGUCACACACUCUAAUAUUUUGUUGGACCGCCUAGCUUUGAAUAUAGAACUCAUUCGCUGUGACAUUGUUUCGAUAAGCUUCUGCAGUGUCACAGCUUUUAUUUCUUUCGAGAGUUGGAUUUAUUUUCCUCCAAGAUCUUAUAUCGAUGAUGGGAGAGUUGGACCACUGUGAAAAGUCUUCUCCAACACAUCACAAAGAUUCUCAGUGGGGCUGAGGUCUGGACUCCGUGGAGACCAAUCCAUGAGUGAAAAUGAUGUCUCAUGCUCCUUGAACCACUCAUUCUCAGUGUGAGCCCCGUGAAUCCUGGCAUCAUCAUCUUGGAACAUGCCCAUACCAUCAGGGAAGAAAAACCCCACUGAUGGAAAGACUUGGUCAUUUACUAUAUUUAGGUAGUCAGCUGGCCUCAUUUUUUGGGAACAUGAUAUUGCGGAACCUGGCCAACCUCAGAUCAUAACCUUAACCCCCCUGGACUUGUAGGCACUAGCCAUGAUGAGUGCAUCACUUCAUCUGCCUCUCUUCUUACCCUCAUGCGCCCAUCACUUUGGAACAUGGUAAAUCUGGACUCAUCAGACCACAUGACCGACCACAUUUGUUCCUCCAAGACGAUGGUUCACCACUAUCCAGGUUUUAAUAAAGCAUUGGACGGUUCUUAUCCUGAUUUUUGUAGUUUCAGAAAUCUCCUUAGUUGUUUUCUUUGCUUGAUACAGGCCAGUAAUUCUGAGACAGAUUAACAUCUUUUCCAUGACCACAGUAUAUGUCUUCUGACACAGUUGUUUAAGAAAUGAGAAGCUCCUCACUGCAUCAGCCUGGGUUAAAUAAGUUGUUGCAGCUGAAACAUAUUCAUCACUGCAGUAAUUAUCCAAUGGAAGGUUCUUACCUAUUUGCUUAGUUAAAUCCAGGUAACCACUUUUUUUGGCCAGGCAGUGUAUAUGGGUUUACUAGGCAACUGCCCCUGUUACAGGUCAAUGUUAUUUAUUCUUAUGGAAUUGAAGCCUUUUGUUACAAGCCAUAUCACAAUAUUCAUAUGUGAGUGUGUUUUUGAGGGAUGUUUUUGUGAGAUCUUGUAUAUGUUUUGUUCUUUACUAUGGUUUCCAGAGUUAAUGAGCUUUUCUUAAAAAGUAUUAUUUAAGAAGCUAUACCUACUACAAAAGCAGGGCUGCUGUCGAACGGACACAAGAAUUACUUGUCACACUGGCUGUGCAAGGUCUGUCCUUCAGGUGUAAUUUAAACUUAGAUUAACUUUGGAAUUCCAAAUUUGUGUUUCUUGUUCUCUCAAUUCAAACAUAUUUAUUGUCUAAGACUAUUUAUUUGAGUGUUAUUUAUUGCCACCGCCUGGUGAUUUAAGUUAAAGUGAUGAAUAUUUAUAACGGCUUGAUGUUGCACCGAAUCUGUCACUGUGUUUCUUUUGCAUUUGUUAUAUGUUCUAAUAUAUAUAUAUAUAUAUAUAUAUAUAUAAAGCAAUGUUUUAUUUGUAGUUCUGUGAGUGGGGAUGUCUUCUUUAAUCCUGUUGAUAUAUACAAUGACCACUAGAUGUCAUCCAACAUCAACUACAGAAUUACAGUUUCAGUGAUUAGAAUGAGCCGGUUCAUACAUUCAAAUUGUGAUAUAAUUUGCAACAGCUCCAUGGGCUUCUUUGCCAGCACCUUUUAUUAUGGAUAAAGCAAUUAUAUUAUAUUCUAUAUAUCUGGCUGGGGCUAGAAUGCAAAUGAGUAUUUUAGAUCACUUGAGUAAAGGUAGCAUCACCACAAAUAUAGGGCACUCCUAUAGCGAGUAGUGUUGCAUUGAAAAUGGUGCAUAAGUAAAAGUAAAAAAUGUAUUAGCAACAAUAUAUGCUAAAAGUACGCCUGAAGAGGCAUCUUAUUGUAAAAUUAUUGAUUGAUGAAUACGUGGAUGUUGGAUUAUUAUUGCUACUUAUGAACAUGUAAGUGAUAUUUUAAUUUUAAACGUAGUUGAGACAUAGCUGAUUUGAAUAUUAAAUACUGUUAGAGGUUU